UAUAUAUUUUAACCACGCUAGCUAUAAUGUGCCAGCAAACUUCUGUCCCCAGCAAAUGCGAUUCAGACUCUGCUUGUAAACUUCCCCUAAUGAAGGAAGCAGAGCAGGAGAACAUACUUACCACCCCAUUAAUCUGCAGCCCAAUAAUAUCACAAGAAGGUCGAAAAAGGGCGCUACCGGACCGAACCACCUGGAAACAACCACAGAAAAGCUGCCAUCUAUCCCUUGCAGUCGCAGAAGUCAUUUCCAUAGCCAAAAUAGCUCUCCCCAUGAUGCUGACAGGCCUUUUGCUUUAUUCUCGCUCAAUGAUUUCCAUGCUCUUCCUCGGCCGCCUAGGUGAUCUCGCCUUAGCCGGUGGUUCCCUCGCUGUUGGCUUCGCCAACAUCACCGGCUACUCUAUUCUCUCUGGCCUAGCCAUGGGGAUGGAACCCAUUUGUGGCCAAGCUUUUGGUGCCAAAAAACACACUCUCCUCGGCCUCUCCCUGCAGAGAACAGUGCUUUUGCUGGGCUUAAUAUCAAUACCUAUUUCUCUUCUCUGGUUAAACAUGCAGAAAAUUCUUCUCUUUUGUGGUCAAGAUGAGAUUAUUGCCAGACAAGCACAAACAUAUCUUCUCUAUUCUCUCCCUGACCUCUUAUCUCAAUCACUUUUACACCCAUUACGCAUUUAUCUUCGAACGCAAUCCAUAACUCUGCCUCUAACAUUUUGCGCCACUCUCUCAAUUGUCCUUCAUAUACCCAUAAACUACCUUCUCGUUUCACAUCUUAAUUUAGGAAUCAAAGGCGUUGCUCUUAGCGGUGUUUGGACUAACUUCAAUCUUGUAGGCUCUCUAAUCCUCUACAUCCUUAUCUCUGGCCUCCACAGGAAAACUUGGGGAGGUUUUUCAAUGGAGUGCUUUAAAGAAUGGAGAUCUUUAUUAAGUUUGGCCGUUGCAAGCUGCAUUUCAGUCUGUCUCGAGUGGUGGUGGUAUGAGAUCAUGAUUUUGCUAUGCGGGUUGCUGUGGAACCCCAGAGCAACGGUGGCUUCCAUGGGCAUCCUAAUCCAAACCACAGCGCUAAUCUACAUAUUCCCUUCAUCGCUAAGCUUCAGCGUAUCCACAAGAGUUGGCAAUGAACUAGGUGCAAAAAAUCCAAGAAAAGCAAAGCUGGCCGCCAUUGUUGGCCUCUCUUGCAGCUUCAUAUUGGGACUUUUGGCACUGGUUUUCACAAUGAUGGUAAGGAACGGUUGGGCUACCAUGUUCACCCGGGACAAAGACAUAUUGACAUUGACAUCAAUGGUUUUGCCGAUAAUCGGGCUGUGUGAGCUCGGAAACUGUCCGCAAACAACAGGCUGCGGAGUGCUGAGAGGGACAGCAAGGCCAAAAGUAGGAGCGAACAUCAACCUGGGGUGCUUUUACCUUGUGGGAACGCCGGUUGCAGUGGGGCUGGCUUUCUACGCUGGAUUAGACUUCCGGGGGCUGUGGUUGGGGCUUUUGGCAGCGCAGGGCUCGUGCGCCGCUACCAUGUUGGUGGUAAUCAGUCUAACCGAUUGGGAUUUAGAAGCCAAGAGAGCAGAGGAGCUGAUCACCGGGGCUGUCGGUGUUGAUCAUGACAGCCAAGAUCAGGUGGAGGAACAGAAGCCUCUCAAAGCUGAAAUCAAGGAAGAUUUUUCAAUUUUAUCUGGGGAUUUAAACCAAGCUAAUAACUUACUUGUUUAACUUUACUUCUGUUUUUGUUUUUAUUUUUGGUAUUGUCCUAUGAGUGCUGCUACACUCACCGCUCCCAGCUACCGCUGGGAGCUACCGUUAGUUAUAGGAUUUUAUUUUUUAUCUUUUCAUAUAUGCUGUACAUGGCGGGAGCAUGAGAAACGUCAUUGCUACUGCCAAACCCCAA